GUUAAGUAAAGGAUAUUUUGAAUAAAAUGGAAAUGUGAGAUGAAUGGUAGUCUCGCCAAAAUAUAGUUGAAUUAACACACAAAAUAUUUGGUGAACAGAACAUUGCUAUGUUGUUUAUUUAUCGGAACAUAAAUACCAUAUACUAUUUUAAAAUCUUGGUUCAAAGGAAAAUCAUCUCCAUCGAAAUCCAUUAUUAUUCUUAUUGUCGAAGAUAUAGAACCCUUUGGAACAAAAUAAUCAAAUAUUCGUAUGUAUGACAUGUUAAUCAAAAUUGUCUUGUUUAUUCGCAUACGAUUUUUUAUUUUAUUUUAUAAUUAUAAAUCUGCAUACGAUUUAUAUGAACUUUAUGCGAAUAUUAAUUUACGUGGUCCGUAGCUUAUUCACAUAUCGUUUCAUUUAUUUUUUGGAAAAUGCUGUCAUAUAUAUUAUUAAAAUUUCGCUAAGGUGUAUAGCAUAGAUAAGCUUGAAGUGAAAGCCCACCGUGUAAUUAGGGAUUUAGACAAACUUAUAUAUAAAGAAAAAAAAGGUUAAAUAGAAGGUAAUUAGGCGAAUAAGGGAUGAGCUGGCGUGGAAUCUUAUAAGAAAGAAGUUAAUAUGGUUGAGCUUGACAUGUAAGUGUACAGCUGCCACGUGUGUGACAGUUCAAUAACAACUACUUUGGAUUAAGAAUGUAAUUAAUUAAUUCGCGUUGGCGUUAGCAUUUAAUAAAUGCUAUUAUGCUUUCAUUGCUUGAUUUUGAGGCCAAAUUAAGUUUCGAGUAAUAUAGUGUUCUUGGACAGUUCAGGCCCAACGAACCAAGUACGGAACCAGGAAUUAAAAUUGCUCACAUUCUUACGAUGUUGGUUAUUUGGUAAAAUUUACUCACGGAAGAAAAUAAGUUUUUUUUUAUAGAAAAAAGGAGUUUUAGGAAUUAGUUAGUCAUAUUUUUCCUUUUACGAACUGGUUGCCUUAUUUAUUACUUCUUUAUCAAUUUGGUAGAGGGAGAUGUUCGUACUAAUUACUCUAUAUGAAGGGUUGAUAAUUGAUAUGAUUGCAUUUAACGUGAACUGGUAGUUAUUAGUACUCGUAAGGUUGAUGAUAGAUGAGAAUCGAAAUUUUAACCGGUAAGUUUAAAAACUUCAAACCCUUAAUUACUUACGUUUAUAAGUCAAGUUUGUGAUACGAAUCACCCGGAAUGCGUUAGGGUGGAAACUGAAUUUCUAGUAGCCACCGUGGCUACAUCAGUAUCCACCAUUUAUUUUCUUCUCUUUCCUCUUUUUUUAAUCUUAUGGUUAAGAUUGCCUCAGAAUAAUUUUGGAAAAAAAAAGGACCACACUUGAUUAUUCUAUAUACUAGAUUGCGGCCACUGCCGGUCGGCCGGAUAAUUAUAUGUUCUAGUUUAUUAUAUAUGUGUCUUUAUGAUAAUAUUUUUAAAAUUUAUUUAAUUAUAAUCAUAUAAAAAUUAAUGGAACUCCAAAAUUUAGUGAAAAUAUAAAGCAACAAAAUUAAGUAUAAAUUAUAAUUUCAAAACAAAAAAUUAAUAACGAAACAAUGUAGGCUAAAGUUUAGUCCUGGAAUGUAAGUUGGCUUCCGUAACAAAAGAGAAAAUUAAUAUGUUGAUAAUCCUCCUCAUGGUUUGCAAACUAACCUUCGGCUUCCAAACCUCUUAAUAAAAAUUUAUUUUGUGUCCUGGUGAGUGGUAUAUGCUUCCUUAAUCAAUAAACACAUUUUUAUGUUUCCCUCUUUAUCAUUUUUUAAUAGAUUCCCCUUUUUAAUAAAAGAUAAUAUAUAAUAUUAAAACAUGUAUUUAAUAAACAAAACUAUAACAAUCACAACUUUCAAACGAACUCUAUUAUCUAUAACAAUGCAAUAAGUUUAUUUUUAUUGAAACCCCAACUUUUUUUUUGGUGAAAUAAACCCCAAUUUUUAUUGAAACCCAUAUCUAACUAAUCUACCUAGAACCCAGCUUCUUAAGAAAAAAGGAUUGGAUUCAAUAAUAUACAUGAUAAAAGUUUCGGUCUUAGUGAAAAGAUGUUGGUAUUCUACAUGAAACCUUUUUUGGUUUAUAUAAAGAUUGUAAAAUUGUACUAAGGUUUGUACCAAAAAAGACGGCAUUAUAUUUUACGUGAAAUUAUGAUUUAACCGUGGUUCAACUGAUUCACAUUGUUAAAAUUACUUAACAAUCAGACUUCCGUUAAAGAUUUUUUUUUCCGAUCGGACCGUCGUACAAUACAAUUUUACAAACACGGUUUUGGAUCAAUCUUUUAUGGUGUAGUACCAAAGUAAAUGAAAAGAGGAACUGAAAAAAUAGAAAAAAAUAAUUUAUUUUAUUGUUAGAUGACUUCCACCAAAAAAUAAUAACAGGAAUUUGAAUAAAAAGGAUGCGACGGACGUGAGUGGUGGGGUUGUAAAAAGUAAAAACCAAAGAAUUUAAAUAGUUCUUACGUGCUCAAUAAAAAUAGCAAUUGGGCCAAUAAAAAAGCAAUUGGGCCAGCAAUAUUUGGCGAACAGUACCGAUACGGAAUUGACAAAUCAAUCCCUCCGCAUCAUGCGGUUUAAACAGGAGAGGCUGACGUGUCAGAAAUUUUAUGCUGACAUUCCCUUAUAUUUAUGUGUAGAUUCUACCCUAACCCUACUUCUACAGCCAAACCCGCCGUAGCCGCAAGCUCUCACCCUCCCCGACGAUGGCUUAGGGUUUGCUUGUCCGACGACUCCUUCCGCGAGCUGACUCAAUUGAGAGGCCUCUGCAGCAAUAUUGUCUCGCUGAUGACGAAUUACGCCUCCUCCGGCCUGGCCAACGACAGUGUGAGCGACAACAAUCAAACCCCAUCGGAAGGGAAGCCUCUGGAUUUAAUGCCCGCAACGACGGCAACGGCCGCGACAAUGCCAGAGGAGCCUGCUGUUGGUGGCGUGUCGAAGCUGGCAGAUCCGAGCCCGAUGCUGUUUGGAGUGUCGAUCGGCGUCAAGCGGAUGAGGAGAGAUGAGGAAGACACUGUGGCAGUGACGGAGGACGAGGGUUUGGCAGAGGUGGACGAAGGAGAAGACGACGAACGACGGGGGAGGAAUCCGAUGCGGCGAGAGGAUAAGGAGGGAGGAUCGGACGUGAAAUCGGAGCCGUUGGAUAGGAAUAACACGGGAAGCUCUGAUCAUCAUCAGGAUUCGUCGUGGUUGGAGCUGGGGAAAUGAAUCUCAAUCAUGGAUUUGGACUCCAGCAAUCUUUAAGGAUUGGUAUGUUUUUUUUAAAUGGUAGUCAUUUUUUUCCGUAGUGAUUUUUUUAAAAUGGUAGUCAUUUUUCCCGUAGUGGUAGUGUUAUUGUCGUAUUGGUAUUAUUUUUGUCGCAUUGGUAUUGAUUUUGUCGCAUUGGUAUUGAUUUUGUCGCAUUGGUAGUGAUCAAAUCUGCAAUGGUAUUGAUGUUUUGUGAAAUGGUAGUGUUUUUAUUUCUUGAAUGGUAUUGAUGUUUUGUACAAUGGUAGUAUUUUUUUUAAUGGAUUGGUAUUGAUUUAUUGUUUUGUUGUUGCAGCGGUAUUAGUUUGGAUGAACGAAAUCAAGGAAAGAUUGAGAAAAAGAAGGAAGAGAGAUCUGGAUGAAAAAUUGUGGAAGUGAGAGAGAGAGAGAGAGAGAGAAAUUGUAUUUAAUAUAUUUAUGUAAUUUAUUAAAAAAGAUUAUUAAUAAAUUUUUUGUUAUACC